AAGAGAGAGAAACUCCUUGUUGGGCCCAGAAAAACAAGAAGAAGGAUCUAGGGCUUUCUCACAUAAAAUUUUCGGGCUUCAAUAGUAAUUACACACAAACGAUGAAUCGAAAGAGAGAGAAACCCUAUUCCUAUCCCCAUCGCCACGAGCCACAUUCCCAACCAAAAAGGCGUCGGCCGCCGCCGCCACCAUUCGACGACGAAUCAUUCGAGAAUGGAAUUAACAUGCGUCCGGAGAGAUCAGCACCAAGAACACCUUCAACGGUGAUGGUCAUAGGAAUUUCACAGGAUUGUUCGAUGCUUGAUGUGAAAUCAAGAUUUGAGAUCUACGGAAGUAUAUCCAGGACAACGAUUCAUCCAGACGGUGUGGCAUACGUCACCUUCCGAUCCAAGGACGCCGCUGAAUCUGCUAUAUCUGCCUCCCUUGACCCGUCUUUCGGGAUCACCCUGGAUUCGAACAAAGUUCAGGUAAUUUGGGCCGGUGAUUCUGCACCUCAAUGGAGAGCAGGCGUUAUGCGUAAAGAUUGUUUAAAUUCGUCGAAGCUUUUGAGAGAUGAGAUACCUUUGAGUAGACAUGGCAAGGGAAACAACAGGCUGGGUUCAAUGAUUGUAAACCCUAACCACCCUGGAGGACAGAGCAGUUAUUCGGGAGGGAUGAAAAUGGGGUUGAAGGGUAGAGAGAUGGUCGCAUACGAUGACAUUGUUUAGCA